AUGUUUGAGCUGAGGUGUGGACGCAGGCGUCACUUCCCAGACGAGCUCCAAAAGAGAAGAACCGUGGUGUCCUGGUGUUUCCACAAUGACGAGCUAAGAGACCUCCUCACCUCUUAUCAAAGCAACACAAUCCGCACCACCAAGUACACACUGCUGUCGUUCAUUCCCAAGAACCUGUUCGAGCAGCUGCACCGCGUCGCCAAUGUCUACUUCAUCUUCUUGGCCGUUCUCAACUUUGUCCCGGUCGUGGAGGCCUUCGAGCCGGAGAUCGGUGUGGUCCCCAUUCUUUUGGUUUUGUUGGUGACGGCUGCAAAGGACUUCUGGGAGGACUUUCGCAGGGGGCGGUCUGAUUAUGUGGUGAACCGGCGUAUGUGCACCGUUUACUGCAGUAAGCAGAGGGAGUACGUCGACUGCUGCUGGAAGGAUGUGCGAGUGGGGGACUUUGUGCGGCUGUCGUGUAAUGACAUCAUCCCUGCAGACAUGCUCCUGCUGCACUCCUCCGACCCCCGCGGGGUUUGCUACAUCGAGACGGCCAAUUUAGACGGGGAGACUAACCUGAAACAAAGACAGGUGGUUUCCAAGAUGGAGGGAGUAGACUUUGUACCAGAAGAUUUCCACUGGCGUAUUGAAUGUGAGAAUCCCAACAACAACCUGUGUCGCUUCAGAGGAUAUAUGGAAAGCCCCAGCGGAGCUCGAGUCGGCGUCCACAACAGCAACCUCCUGCUCCGGAGCUGCACCGUCCGCAACUCCGCCUCCGUGGUUGGCAUUGUGGUUUAUGCUGGUCAUGAAACCAAAGCGAUGAUGAACAACAGUGGGCCGCGGUACAAGCGCAGUCUGCUGGAGCGCCGUCUGAACACGGACGUUCUGUGGUGUGUCCUGCUGCUCGUCGUCAUGUGUCUCUCGGCUGCUAUAGGUCAUGGCCUUUGGCUGAAGCAACUUAAAGAUCCUGUGUUCCAAGUGGAUGGGGAAACGUCCCCUUUGUUGGCAGCCUUCUAUGUGUUUUGGACCAUGAUCAUAGUUCUCCAGGUGCUGAUCCCCAUUUCACUCUAUGUUUCCAUUGAAAUAGUGAAACUGGGUCAGAUCUACUUCAUCCACAACGACCUGGACUUGUACAAUGAGCAUAUGGACUCCAGGAUCCAGUGCCGAGCGUUGAACAUCACCGAGGACCUGGGGCAGGUGCAGUACGUGUUCUCUGACAAAACUGGAACUCUGACUGAGAACAAGAUGGUGUUUCGCCGCUGCAGCAUUUCUGGAGUGGAGUAUCCUCACUACGACAACGGCCGCAGGCUGGAGCUCUACACUGGGGAGAAAGAGGAAGGCCAGCGCUGCUCGCUCACUCCCAGGUCUGGAUCCAGGAGGAAGUCUCUUAGCUGCCGCUCCAUAAGCUGUAACCGCAGCUCUGUGUCCCUGGACACUCUGACGGCGCAGUCAGAGGAGGAGGAGGAGGAGCAGCUGUCCUACGCCAGCCAGCACCAGCCCAGUGCCUUCUCCAGUCACAUGGCAAAGGAGGUGGUGCCAGACGUUGAGCUGGUCUCAAAGCUGUCCUGGCUGUGCUAUCCUGACUCCACUGUGGACCACAGCGGUGCCAAAGCCUCCUCCAGUCUGGAGCUGGCCUUCAUCACAGACUUCUUUCUGGCUCUGGCAAUCUGCAAUAGUGUGGUUGUGUCUUCACCAAACCAGUCUCUAAACGUGCUACCUCAGCCUCAAACACCUGUGCGCUCUCUGGAGGACAUCAAGCAGAUGUUCCAGCGCUUGAACCUCCCAGUGCCUCUGAAGGGCAGCCCCCUCAGUCUGACCUCCAAGCUCUUCACUCAGGGAAAGACUGGCUCCCUCAGUGUCCCUGCAGCUGGAGACGCCGCUCAUAGCCCAAACCCCAACAACUGCAGCCUAAACGUUGAUGAAGAGACAAACCCUCCUGCUGAAGAAGACUUUCCGCACUUGAUGUUUGAUGAGGCAGAAGCAGGAGAUGGUGAGGCCACUGUGCUGUUUGAAGCGGAGAGCCCUGAUGAGGCGGCUCUGGUGUACGCUGCCCAAGCCUACCACGUCACUCUGAGAGGCCGCUAUGCAGACAGCCUGCUGGUGGAGCUGCCCACAGGGGGCGCUGUGCCAGUGCCCCUGCUGCACGUCCUGCCCUUCGACUCAAACAGGAAGAGGAUGUCUGUGGUGGUGCGCCAUCCUCUCAGUGGGCAGGUGGUGGUCUACACCAAGGGCGCCGACUCUGUCCUCAUGGAGCUGACCCGCUCCCCCACAGCUUUGCAACUUGCUCCCGAUGUCUACAGCCAGAUCCGAUCACAGACGCAGAAGCACUUGAACAGCUACGCAAGAAAAGGACUGCGCACACUGUGCAUCGCCACAAAGACGAUGGAGGAGGAGGAGUACGAGGUGUGGCUCAAGACUCAACUGUUGGCAGAGAGCAGCAUCGAGAACAGAGAGGAGCUGCUGCUGCGCGCCGCUCUGGCCUUGGAGACCAAUCUGACUCUACUGGGGGCCACAGGUAUCCUGGACCGCUUGCAGGAGGAGGUCUCUGAAACCAUCGAGGCUCUGCAGAGGGCUGAUGUCAAAGUAUGGAUCCUCACAGGGGACAAACAGGAGACUGCCAUCAACAUAGCCUUUGCUUGUAAACUACUGUGCCCUUCUGACCAGCUGCUGACCGCCAACUGUGAGGAUAAGGAGAGCUGUGCAGUGCUAUUGCAGGACUUUCUCUGUUUAAUCACAAACGGUCCUGAAGUCUCCGACACAGAGGUCCCCAGGGCACACUCGGCCCCCACAGGCACAGCUGGCUCUGUGCUGGUCAUUGAUGGCCUCACUCUUGAAUGGGCGCUUCAGCCCGAGCUCCAGAAGGACUUUUUAGAGCUGAGCAAACAGUGCAAAGCAGUGAUCUGCUGCAGAUCCACUCCGCUGCAGAAGAGCCAAGUGGUCCGGCUGGUCCGGGACAAGCUGAACGUCAUGACCCUGGCUGUGGGUGAUGGAGCCAACGAUGUGAGCAUGAUCCAAGUGGCUGAUGUUGGGGUUGGGAUUUCAGGUCAGGAGGGAAUGCAGGCUGUGAUGUCCAGUGACUUCGCCAUCUCCAGGUUCAAACACCUCAGGAAGCUGCUGCUGGUUCAUGGCCACUGGUGUUACACACGCCUGACCAACAUGACCCUCUACUUCAUCUACAAGAACGUGAUGUACGUGAACCUACUGUUUUGGUUCCAGUUUUUCUGUGGUUUCUCUGGGAGUGUCAUGUCCAAUGCGUGGGUUCUCAUCUUAUUUAACCUGAUCUUCACCUCUGUGCCUCCUCUGAUCUAUGGCGUUCUGGAUCAGGACACUCCCCCACAUAUUCUCAUGGCCUAUCCUGAGCUCUACCGGAGUGUAAGGGCUCCCAAGGCCUAUGACCCCUUAAUGUUCUGGUUAAACAUUCUGGAUGCAUUUUACCAGAGCCUUGUUUGCUUCUUCAUUCCAUACUUUGCCUACAGAGACUCGGACAUUGCAGAGCUGUCCUUUGGCUCGCCCAUAAACGCCUCUGCGCUGCUCAUCAUCCUGCUGCACCAGGUCGUGGAGAGCCACACUCUGACGUGGAUCCAUGGAUUAGUAUUCGUGCUCAGUGCGGGCUCCUACCUGGCUUUUGUGCUGCUCAUCAGUGUGUUGUGUGUGACCGGCAGCCCUCCCACUAACCCUCUGGGAGUGGAGACGCUGCAGAUGUCCCAGCCAUCCUUCUACUUAGUCUGCACUUUAACUACUGUAGCAGCUCUGUUGCCCAGGUUGCUGUUUCGGGUGCUGAAAAACUCAGGUCUGAAGUCUCGCUCUCCAGACUCUCACUGGUCCUGUGAGAGGGACGGUCCAUCUGGGGAGGACAGCAGCGGACCUGUGCUCUCCUGA